GGCCAUCGAGCGUGUCAUUACUAAUCAGUCAGUCAGUGAGGCGAGAAGUGGAUCACCGUCAUGAUGGCCGUAAUAGUUGCGUUGAAGUUUGCUCUGCUGGCGGGAAUCGUGCUCGCCGCCGGUUACUCGCCGUCGGUGGAAGCUGGUCGGAGGCAAGCCACGCGGAACACUUGCCCCAACACCCCGAAUGCGCAAAUUCGAACCUGUCCGGACAAUGAGGAAUUCCAGUGCUGCGGAGCUUGCGAACAACUGGGUUGUGAUAAACGGAUUAGUAACGUGAGAUGUUUUAUGUGUCCCUCGGAUUGCUAUUGCAAGGAAGGUUAUAUUCGUGAGACGGCUUUCUAUGGCAAUGGAAUAAAUCGUACCCCAUGCAUUCCAAUCGACCAAUGUCCAACCAAUAGUCAAUAAAGUUAAGUUGUUUUGAUGAUUGUUUAUA